AUGGCCGCCCCUGCAAUCCGGGAAGGUGUGCGGACGCGCGCGAGCGCCAAGGCGCCGGAGACGAACGCUCCGCUUGCUUCUGAGAAGCCGAUCCAGCAUGGCUACUGCCGCGUGGACAUGCGUGACGACCAGGUUGUUGGCGGCGGCAAGGAACGUGCCGUCGUGCAGUACACGCCCGGCAUCGUCAUCACCGAAAAGGGCCAGGCGUCGGACAAGAAGAUGGACACGCACCACGAGUACGAGUUCGGCGGUCCGUGGGGCGUGACGGCGAUGAUCACGCUCUUCCCUGUGCUGAUGUACUACCUGUGGAUCUGCCUGUGGUUCUACGACGGGAAGCUCGCGCACCCCUCGAGCUUCAGCGACAUCCUGCCCUUUUACCACCGCAUGUGGAUGCACGUCUACAACGACGCGUUCCCGACGCAGCGUGCGUUUGUGGGCUACGGUGGCCUGAUGCUCGUCGAGUUUGUCCUCGCCUGGGUCAUGCCCGGCUUCUGGCAGGAGGGCCUGCCGGUUCCCUCGCUGAAUUACAAGACGCUGAUGUACAAGUGCAACGCGCUCGGCUGCCUGUACGCGACGCUGAUUAUUGCCGCGGGUCUGCACAUCUCGGGUCUCUACCCCCUGACGCAGAUCAUUGAGCACUUCGGCGAGUACAUGACUGUGAGCAUGAUUGCCGGCUUUGCGGUGUCGUUUGCGACCUACUUCCACGCGGUGUUCACCAACCAGACGCACCGCAUGAGCGGCAACUUUAUGUACGACUUCUUCAUGGGCGCCGAGCUCAACCCCCGCAUUGGCCCGAUCGACCUGAAGAUGUGGGCCGAGGUCCGCAUUCCCUGGAUCCUGCUCUUCCUGAUCAGCGUCAGCGGCGCGCUGAAGCAGCACGAGCAGUACGGCUACGUCACGCCGAACAUGGCCUUUAUGGUGCUCGCGACCGGUCUCUACAUCAACGCAUGCGGCAAGGGCGAGGAGUGCAUUCCCCAGACGUGGGACAUGUUCUACGAAAAGUGGGGCUUUAUGGUCAUCUUUUGGAACUUUGCCGGCGUGCCGUUCACGUACUGCUACAGCAUCGUGUACAUGGCCGCGCACGACCCGUCGUACUACCGCUUCUCGACGCCGACCUACGUGUUCAUGUUCUCGCUGCUGAUCUUUGCGCACUACGUCUUUGACUCGUCCAUGGCGCAAAAGUCGCGCUUCCGCAUGCAGCUGCAGGGCACCCUCAAGGUGCGCUGGACCUUCCCCCAGUGGCCCUGGAGCACGCUCCAGGACCCGCGCUACCUGCAGACCGAGCACGGCAAUGCGCUCCUGAUCGAUGGCUGGUGGCAGUUCCUCCGCAAGCCGAACUACACGGCGGACUGGACGCAGGCGUUCCUCUGGGGCGCCAUCGCCGGCACGCGCUCCAUCAUCCCGUACUACUACUCGAUGUUCUUCCUUGCGGUGCUCACCCACCGCUGCGGCCGCGACUUUGAGCGCUGCGCCCGCAAGUACGGCAAGGACUGGGACAAGUACUGCGAGAUUGUCCCCUACCGCUUUAUUCCGUUUGUGUACUAA